UGCUGCUCCCAAAGCCCCAGAGUCUGUCAUGGGCCCUGUAGGGCCUCCCAUUGCUCUGUCUCCACGCCCACUCGCCAUGGCCACUUUCAGGUCUCCUCACACUGCUGGUGUGUUCCAUUUUUUGUCAUAGGGUGCUGGCAGAUUACGGGCCUCCCAUAGCUGCUGCCAGGCCCCUAAUCUGCCAUGGGCCCCUAUACCGCCUCCUCAUGCUGCUGCCAAGUCCAGAGUCUCUCAUGGGUCCCUGUACGGCCUCCCAUUGCUGCUGCCUCCAUCGCCACACUCUGCCAUGUGCCACUUUCAGGUCUCCUCACACUGCUGGUGUGUUCCAUUUUU